UUUUGUUGGUGAACCGUGCACGAAACCCUGCCCACCGGAACUAGCGGUGCACUUGACACAUACUGUACAUUUUAUCGCAACAAUGGCAAUAGCACGCGUUGCUACCGAAUAUGUGUUUUCCGAUUUUUUAUUGAAAGAGCAGAGUGAUUCUGUGUAUAAAGGCGUGCGGCUGGAACUGGCAACAGACAAACUGGUCUGUUUUAUCGCGGUUGGGCUUCCUUUGUUAUUCAUCUCACUCGCCUUUGCACAAGAAGUCUCUGUGGGUUCUCAGAUCACAUGUUUUCCCCCCACUAAUUUCACAUUGAGGCAGGCUGCAUAUGUGGACUCCUUCUGCUGGGCUGAAGUAGAGCAUCACCCUUCAGAAAAUGGGGCUGAUAGCGCCCCCCUUCAUCUACACAAGUUCUUUCCUUAUAUCCUUCUGCUGGUGGCCAUCCUCAUGUAUAUUCCUGCUCUCUUCUGGCGUUUCACGGCUGCCCCUUCCCUAUCCUCUGACCUCAGUUUUAUCAUGGAGGAACUCGACCGUUGCUACAACCGUGCCAUCCGCCUCGCCAAGAGCCUCACAUCCAAACAAGACAAGGACAUUGCAGAAGACCCACACAGUGGUCUUGAAAUGACUGAAGCUUGUUUUAAGUACCCUCUUGUAGAGCAGUAUUUAAAGACAAAGCGUUCAUCAUGGGCUUUGGCUGCCAAGUAUCUGCUUUGUCGGGUUUUAACAUUCCUCACUUUACUGCUGGCCUGCUUCUAUCUGACCUACUACAUCUUUUGGGUGUCACCUAGUGAUCAAUUCUCCUGUAACCUGCGCAGAGGUAUAUUAGUAAAUGAGAGUGUGGUGCCAGAUGCAGUUCAAUGUAAGCUGGUGGCAGUGGGUGUUUUCCGCCUGCUAAGUUGCAUGAAUCUGGUGGUGUAUUUACUUUUAGUACCAGCCGUGGUUUACGCUGCCUUCCAACCUGCAUGCCAGCACCAGCGUGCUCAGUUCCUCCGUCCAUACCACCUACUGCCUGCUUUCGGUCACGUGCUGGAUUUGCAGCCUACCACUCGCCGUUAUGAUGACCUCAGCAUCUACCUGCUGUUCUUGGAGGAAAACCUGAGUGAGCUUAAGAGCUACAAAUGUUUACAGGUAUUGGAGCUGCUGUCAGAGGGAGGGGAAGGAGCAUUAGACACCAUGUGUCUCCUCAGGACCCUAGGACAAGUGAGGACUGACAUGGUGGACAGAAAACAAGCUCAAACUGUAAAGGGAAAUGCAGAAAAAGAAAUCUCUGAAAUAAAGGAUGCUACUUCUGUUCUGCUGGAUGAUGGAGUACAGACGGAAAAAAGUUGCAGCUGUGUGAAAGACGUAAGACACAGGGUGGUCUGACAUAUAACAAAGUCAAAUCAAAUUACAAACAAUGAGUUUACAUGCAUUUUGUGUACAUAGGAAAUGUAAGAUUAUAUAGUGCUUGAAUAUAUCACUGUUAAUUUACUAACUUACUAACUGCAGAACUGAGCUACAUGAGCUUUUUAUGUCUUACAUUAAUAGAAAUGGUAUGAAUGUUUUUUUUAUAACUUGAAGUUAUUUAUGAGUUUGAUGAAUGUUAAGUCCCUAUUGUAUGCAUUAUGAAAACAAUGUUACAACGUAUAUUCUGGGGUGACAUUUGUGGGUACAGCGAUGCAACAAUGAAUCUAAAUAAUAAUUAAUAUGCUAAUGUU